CGGAUCGUUAAGGGCCUCCUCGUCCUCCAGGGCUCCGGUCGCUGCGGGGUCUGUGCGCAGGUCCGCGACCGCCCUCGUUCUGCCAUGGGCGCCUCCAGUUCCUCCGCGCUGGCCCGCCUCGGCCUCCCAGCCCAGGCCCGGCCCAGGUGGCUCGGGGUCGCGGUGCUGGGACUGGCCGCGGUGGCGCUGGGGGCUGUCGCCUGGCGCCGAGCAUGGCCUAGGCGGCGCCGGCGGCUGCAGCAGGUGGGCACCGUGGCGAAGCUCUGGAUCUAUCCGGUGAAAUCCUGCAAGGGGGUGCCGGUGAGCGAGGCGGAGUGCACGGCCAUGGGGCUGCGCAGUGGCAACCUGCGGGACAGGUUUUGGCUGGUGAUUAAGGAAGAUGGACACAUGGUCACUGCCCGGCAGGAGCCUCGCCUGGUGCUGGUCUCCAUCACUUAUGAGAACAACUGCCUGAUCUUCAAGGCUCCAGAUAUGGACCAGCUGGUUUUGCCUAGCAAGCAGCCUUCCUCAAACAAACUCCACAACUGCAGGAUAUUUGGCCUUGACAUUAAAGGCAGAGACUGUGGCAAUGAGGCAGCUCAGUGGUUCACCAACUUCUUGAAAACAGAAGUGUAUAGAUUGGUUCAAUUUGAGACAAACAUGAAGGGAAGAACCUCAAGAAAACUUCUCCCUACUCUUGAUCAGAAUUACCAGGUGGCCUACCCAGACUGCAGCCCGCUCCUGAUCAUGACAGAUGCCUCCCUGGUAGAUCUGAAUACCAGGAUAGAGAAGAAAAUGAAAAUGGAGAAUUUCAGGCCAAAUAUCGUGGUGACCGGCUGUGAUGCUUUUGAGGAGGAUACCUGGGAUGAACUCCUAAUUGGCAGUGUAGAAGUGAAAAAGAUAAUGGCAUGCCCCAGGUGUAUUUUGACCACGGUGGACCCAGACACUGGAGUCAUAGACAGGAAAGAGCCACUGGACACCCUGAAGAGCUACCGCCUGUGCGAUCCUUCUGAGAGGGAAUUAUACAAGUUGUCUCCGCUUUUUGGGAUCUAUUAUUCAGUGGAAAAAAUUGGAAGCCUGAGAGUUGGUGACCCCGUGUAUCGGAUGGUGUAGUGACGGAUCCACUAGGGUGAUAUGGUAAAAGGCUUCAGCACCCAGGAGGGAUUGACUGAGAUCUUAACAACAGCGGCAGCAAUACCUCAGCAAAUCCUUAUUAUCCAGCCUUCAACUAUUUUUACCCUGGAAAACAAUCUCGAUUUUUGACUUUUCAAAGUUGUGUAUGCUCCAGGUUAAUGCAAGGAAAGUAUUAAAGGUGGGAAUAUGAAGGUAUAUGUAUAAAUUUUAGGUACUGAAGGCUUUAAAAAUAAUUAACAUCAUCAAAAAUGCUAUUUUGAAUGUUAUCAUGGCUAUUAUGCUUUUACUUCCUGACUUUUU